AUGCCUGAAUCCCAAGAUUAUUUCAAGACCCUGCAGUUAAUUCAUAGAUUUAUUAAAUGGCAAUAUAAGGCAGACUCGAUCAAUGUUGCCAUACAAGAUGGACCUGAAGCGGGCCAAUCAGUACCCCACUUGCACACACACAUUAUACCACGUUACAAAAUAAAUAAUGUUGGAGAUUUGAUAUACGAUAAAUUAGACCAUUGGGAUGGUAAUGGCACUUUGGCUGAUUGGCAAGCAAGACGAGACGAAUAUUUAGGAGUUGGUGGUAGGCAAGCAAGAAAAAACAAGUCUACACUGGCCACUGCGGAUGGGGAUGAACCCUUGAAAGGCCCUAAUGUCUUGAAGCCAGACAGUCAGAGGAAGGUCAGAACUUUGGGCGAAAUGAAAAAAGAGGUUGAGGAUCUUCAAAGCGGACUAGAACAGUUUGUAUCUUCUAAUACUGAUUUGACACAAUGGCUAUAG